CUGAAUUCCAAGUUAAAUUUUGUAUAGUUACAACUUACAUCCUUACCAACCACCUCAAUGUAGAUCACACUAAUUUGGAACGCAUGUCGAAUUUCUUAGAAACACAUUAAUGAUAAAACCUGACAUAAAAGCAAAAAUGUCAAAAGCAUCAAAGCACACAGAUCCUUCUUGUUGAGCGAGAGGUUUCCUUUCUCUCUACAUUUCUUAGUCGAAACUACUUGGCUUCAAAAUCCCCUCUUUCUCCUUUCUUUCUCACUCGCGCUCCUAAAUCCGCACCAGCUGAGAAUUCUGAGCCCCGUUUCUGAUUCGAUUCAACCAUUUGUGAUCUCGAAUCUUUCUUAGGGUAUUAGCUCUCUCUCUCUCAUGGCGAUGAGAGGUGUCGAUUUCAAGUGGUACGACGGCUUCUUCUUGUCCAUGCUUGCCACUAGCGUAAUCAUUGUUGCAGUCAACUGGAAGAGGUAUAGUUCCUGCGAGUACCCUUUGCACAUAUGGAUAGUGGUAGACUACACCACCGUCUUUAUCUUCCGCGUCUUAAUGUUUGUUGACAAUGGUCUUGCUGCUGGGCUUGGCUUGGAUUUUGGAAGUCAGCAGCGGAACGUUGGGUUUUGUGGGAGAGUGGUGGUGCUGUCCGUCCUAUCUCUGCUGCUGUAUCCCUUUCUCUGGGCUUGGACUGUUAUCGGUACAAUUUGGUUUACAAAGGCUAAAAGCUGUUUACCUGAAGAUGGCCAAAAAUGGGGUUUCCUCAUCUGGCUAAUGUUCAGCUACUGUGGCCUCCUCUGCAUUGCUUGCAUCUGUGUCGGAAAGUGGUUGGCGCGAAGACAGGUACACUUACUACGUGCUCAGCAGGGAAUUCCGAGUUCAGAGUUUGGUAUUUUAGUUGACAUGAUUAGGGUACCUGACUGGGCAUUUGAAGCAGCAGGCCAAGAGAUGAGAGGUAUGGGUCAAGAUGCUGCUACAUACCAUCCUGGACUUUACUUGACUCCAGCUCAGACAGAAGCUGUUGAGGCACUCAUUCAAGAACUUCCUAGGUUCAGGCUAAAAGCUGUCCCAGAUGAUUGCGGCGAAUGCUUAAUCUGCUUAGAGGAGUUCCAAAUUGGGCAUGAGGUUAGAGGUUUACCUUGCGCUCAUAAUUUCCAUGUGGAGUGCAUAGACCAGUGGCUGCGUUUGAACGUCAAAUGUCCUCGUUGCCGAAGCUCGGUCUUUCCAGACCUUGAUCUCAGCGCAUUAUCCAACCUCCGGAGCUCAGAAACACAACAGCCUUCACAAGGGAACACGGAGACAACGGAAGCUCGGUACAUAAGAAGCCAACCACAAAGCGAGAGCUAUUUCUUGAGAGUUCAAUCCCUAAUCCACCCUGUCCACACAGACACCGCUCUAGAGACUGCAGAGAAUGGUGGGGUUCCUCCUGUCUUGGCCAGUCGAUCUCCAUCUCCGAGAUGA